CCAUGCCUUGGCAACAUUGUUUCAACGAAUUUGAGAUCUUUUUGGACGCGUUCCUCACAUUGUUUGAGUUUUGUACAUCACUAACGUAAGGAAUAAAAAAGGAAAAAUGGAUGAGCCAAUGGAUCUUAAUGGCCCUAGCACAAACAGAGCACUUGAAACUGAAUUGACUGAAACAGAAAACGAGCUUUAUGAUCGCCAAAUUCGCCUUUGGGGUUUGGAAUCUCAAAAGCGUCUACGCACGGCUAAGGUUCUAAUUUCCGGCCUGAGCGGCGUUGGAGCUGAAAUUACAAAAAAUAUUAUUUUGUCUGGAGUGUCAGCAGUCAAACUGAACGACGAUCGAAUCGUAACCGAGGACGAUUUCGGUGCUCAAUUUCUUACUCCACGUUCUGCUGUUGGUAAAAAUCGCGCUGAGGCCUCGAUUGAAAGAGCUAGAGCCCUAAAUCCAAUGGUGAAAAUAUCAGCAGACAAGGAACCGCUGGCUGAAAAAAAGGCUGAGUUUUUCUCAGAGUUUGAUGCUGUGGUUAUUAUUGGUGCGCUCGAUAGUGAACUUUUGCGUAUAAAUGAAAUAUGCCGUGAGAAAGGUAUAAAAUUUUUUUCCGGUGAUGUGUGGGGAACGUUUGGAUAUUGCUUUGCGGAUUUGCAGGACCACAGCUAUUUUGAGGAUAUGGUAAAACAUAAAGUCGUAUCCAAGCCAAACGAAAAAAUUAAAACUGAAGUCGUAACAACAACAAUUCAAAAAGAAUUAAAAUUCCCUUCCUACGCAUCGAUCUCAAAAUUUGAUGUGAAUUCACCAACAUUCCAAAAGAAAUUAAAGCGCACUGGUCCUGCUUUUAUUCUGCUUCGAAUGUUGCAAAUGUUUCGUAAUAAACAUAAUCGUGAUCCGAGUUACUUAUCACGGCAAGAAGAUAUCAAAGAAUUGCUGCGCUUGGCUCAAGAAUUAAUAAGUGCCCCGUUUAUGCCCUCUGACAUGUUGGAAUAUGUGUUUAGCCAAAUAUCUCCGUCAGCUGCUGUAGUUGGAGGCGUCCUUGCUCAGGAAAUUAUCAAAGCAGUCACAAAGAAGGAAGCUCCCCAUCGUAAUGUAUUCCUAUUUGAUCCGGAAACAUGCUGCGGGUUUGUUGAAACAGUUGGCGUCGACUAAGUCAUAAAUUCUGUAAUUGUUCAAACCAUCUUGCAUCAAACACUUCAUCAUAUAUAAAUAUUUCACCAUUUUAAAUGUGUCAAAAAAAAUGAGAA